CCAGGGCUACCUCCAGGGUGGGGAAUGGGCUGCCGGGGGCAACGAACCUGGCCUAGGGUGGCGAAGCUAGGACGGGAGAGGUGCCGAGCAACGAGGAGGGCAUGCAACUGGUGGAAGAUCUGGGCUACCACUUUCGAGAUGUCCACACCUGGUGGAUUGGGCCUGUCUGCCCCGUCCUGCGACUCGUCCACCCUAAGUUUGUGGCCCCCCUGCUGCAGGCCCCAGGUACCAUUGCACCCAAGGAUACGACUUUCUAUGGCUUCCUGAAGCCCUGGCUAGGGGAUGGGCUCCUGCUGAGUGCUGGUGACAAGUGGAAGUGCCACCGUCGGAUGCUGACGCCCGCCUUCCAUUUCAACAUCCUGAAGCCCUAUGUGCAGAUCUUUAACAAGAGUGCAGGCAUCAUGCACGCCAAGUGGCAGCGCCUGGCCUCGGAGGGCAGCGCCCGUCUGGAAAUGUUUGAGCACAUCAGCCUCAUGACCUUGGACAAUUUGCAGAAAUGCGUCUUCAGCUUUGACAACAACUGUCAAGAGAAUCCCAGUGAAUACAUUGCUGCCAUAUUAGAGCUCAGUGCCCUCUUGUCAAAACGACACCAGCAGAUCUUCCUGUACAUGGACUUCCUGUACUACCUCACUCCCGAUGGGCGGCGCUUCCGCAGGGCCUGUGACCUUGUGCACGCCUUCACAGAUGCUGUCAUCCAGGAGCGGCGCCGCACCCUCACUAGCCAGGGUGUGGAUGAAUUCCUCAAGGCCAAGGCCAAGGCUAAGACUUUGGAUUUCAUUGAUGUGCUCCUGAUGAGCAAGGAUGAAAACGGGAAGGAGUUGUCAGAUGAGGACAUACGAGCAGAGGCUGACACCUUCAUGUUUGGGGGUCAUGACACCACGGCGUGUGGCCUCUCCUGGGUCCUGUACAACCUCGCAAGGCACCCAGAAUACCAGGAGUGCUGCCGGCAGGAGGUGCGAGAGCUCCUGAGGGAUCGCGAGCCUAAAGAGAUUGAAUGGGAAGACCUGGCUCAGCUGCCCUUCCUGACCAUGUGCUUGAAGGAGAGUCUGCGGUUGCAUCCCCCGGUCCCGGCCAUCUCCCGCUGCUGUAGGCAGGAUGUUGCGCUCCCUGAUGGCCGUGUCAUCCCCAAAGGGAACAUCUGUACCAUCAGCAUCUUCGGUCUCCAUCAUAACCCCUCAGUCUGGCCAGACCCUGAGGUCUACGAUCCAUUCCGCUUCAACCCAGAAAACUCCCAGAAGAGAUCACCUCUGGCUUUUAUUCCUUUCUCAGCGGGGUCCAGGAACUGCAUCGGGCAGACGUUCGCCAUGACUGAGAUGAAGGUGGUCCUGGCACUCACACUGCUGCGCUUCCGCGUCCUGCCUGAUGACACUGAGCCCCGCCGGAAGCCCGAGCUGGUCCUGCGCACAGAGAGUGGACUUUGGCUGCGAGUGGAGCCGCUGAGCACAGGCCCCCAGUGACCCACCAGGACCAGAUCUGGGACCGACCCAGACGCCACCCACCUAGUUUUGCAGAUUCCCAGAAAUAAAACUGUGCUGUUGCCUGUG